UAGACACCUCAAUUAGGUAGUUAUUAUUUAAUAAUUCACGAUGGUGCGCUUUUGGCUUGAUGGCAUUGAAGUGUUCUUUCCUUAUCCUCAGAUUUACCCUGAACAGUUGGCUUAUUUACGUAGUCUUAAGAGUACUUUGGAUGCACAAGGCCAUGCUGUUUUGGAGAUGCCUACUGGAACAGGUAAAACUGUUGCCUUGUUCAGCCUGAUUACUAGUUAUCAAUUGGCCCGGCCAGAAAUGGGUCGUUUAAUUUAUUGUACCCGUACUAUUCCAGAAAUGGAAAAGUCUCUUCUCGAGUUGAAGGAAGUUAUUAAAUAUCGUGACGCUGAGUUGGAGAAAGACAGAGUUGCUAUGGAAGCCAGUAGUACAUCGGAUUCAACUGGCGAACCAUCUUCUCAAUCAGGUUCUAGCAAUACAAAAAAUCGAUAUUUUCUGGCUAUUGGUUUAUGUUCACGUCGAAAUUUGUGCAUAAAUCCUAGAGUAUCGUCUUGCGCUGAUCGAACGAAAAUUGAUGAGCAGUGUCACGACUUAACGUCUGUAUGGCGUCGUAUAGAAUAUGAGGAGGGCAAGCCACCAUCUUCUGAUGAGCACGUUUUGCGAUUUGAUGGUACUAGUGUUCAGGGUGUACCUACUGCCCCGGUGGUCCAUCACUCUCGGGUUGAGGAGCUACCUGACAUUGAGCAUUACACUACCAUGGGACUAUGUGGUCAUUAUGAAUAUUUGGAACGUGUUUGGAACCCUACUAUGAUACCUUCUGGUGUAUAUACUCUGGAAGGAUUGAAGGAAUAUUGUUCUAACUUCCGGCAUCCGCUCAGUGGUGUUUCCACUCCCAUUUGCCCUUAUUUUGCUGCUAGGAGGGCGCUUGACAUUGCCAAUGUGGUUGUCCUUAACUAUCAGUAUUUACUCGACCCCAAAGUUUCUGAGGCUGCCUUUUCGAAUCUCUAUUCCACAUUACCUUCCUCAGAGAAGAAGGAAAAAGAUGCUCCACAAAAACCCGCUGAGAAUAAGGCGAAACUGCCUAUAGUGGUGGUAUUCGAUGAAGCUCACAAUAUUGAUAAUGUCUGCAUAGAGGCUAUGAGUGUGGAGAUUAACGACGACACUUUGGAUGAAGCGUAUGCCAAUUUAGACAUACUUGCUGGUCAUGUAGCUCGUCAGCGUGAAAAGGAUGAGCGUCAAUUAUUGGAGGAAUAUCGCAGAUUGGCUGAGCGGAUUGUUGACAGUUCUAUAGACAUUGAGGGCUACAUGUCUCCUGUAUUACCGGAUGAUGUUAUCCAGAAGGCCAUACCCGGUAAUAUACGUCGUGCAGAGCACUUUAUUUCAUUUUUGAGGACUGUUGUUGGAUACUUGAAGCAGUAUUUAAAGGUGCAGGAACCCAGGUCAGAGGGCCCUCUUAUGUUUUUGCACAGGUUUGAACAAGAAACUGGUAUUGCUUACAGCACUUUGCAAUAUACCUACAAUCGUAUGAAAUCUUUGUUGAAUACACUUUCGAUCACUGCUCUCGGAGAUUUAUCUUCUAUCCAGUUAGUUGCUGAUUUCUGUACACUCGUCGGUACCUAUACUACUGGAUUCAUUGUUAUCGUCGAGCCAUAUCCCCAAGGAUCGUUAUAUGAGCCUGUGAUUCAAUUUAGUUGUUUGGAUGCAUCUAUUGCAAUGCAGCCUGUGGUUGAAAACUUCCAGUCUGUUAUAUUGACAUCGGGUACAAUAUCACCCCUGGAGAUGUAUCCUAAGAUAUUGAACUUUACUCCUGUGUUGACUCAAUCUUUGCCAAUGUCCCUUGAUCGGGAUUGUCUUUGUCCGUUGAUUGUUGCUAAGGGUGCUAACCAGUUACAGAUGUCUACUAGGUAUGAGCUUCGUAACGAUGUAACGGUGUUACGUAACUACGGUACACUUCUGAUAGAACUAUGUAAGCACAUUCCUGAUGGCGUCGUAUGUUUCUUUCCGAGUUAUGCGUAUAUGGAACUCAUUGUAUCCCAUUGGUAUGAAUGCGGUAUCAUCGCAUCAAUUAUGGAGCACAAGCUUAUAUUUAUGGAGACUAAGGAUGUUGUGACCACUACCAUGGCUUUGCACAACUAUAGAAAGGCGUGUGAUGUAGGUCGUGGUGCUUUAUUUCUUUCCAUUUGUCGUGGUAAAGUUGCUGAGGGCAUUGAUUUUGACCGUCAUUAUGGUCGUUGUGUCAUAUUGAUUGGUGUUCCAUUUCAGUAUACCCUCUCCCGUGUUUUAAAGGCACGUUUGGACUUUAUGAGGACUAAAUACGGCAUAAUGGAGAACGAGUUUUUGACAUUUGAUGCCAUGCGCCAGGCUGCGCAAUGUGUUGGUCGUAUUAUUCGUAACAAGAGUGAUUUCGGUUUAAUGGUCUUUGCUGAUUCUCGUUAUAGUCGUGCUGACAAGCGUUCUAAGCUACCUCCAUGGAUUUUGAAGAACUUGGAGCCUGGUAAUAUGUCAUUGACUACUGAGAGUGCUGUUACUGCUGCCAAAGUACUGCUUCGCAACAUUGCACAGGACUACGUUUCUAGUCGUUUAACUAGGUUUGACCAGGACAUGUUGAAUGACGAGGCCAAGUGGUGGUCAUCUGUACAGAACGUGCUCCGGUUAUCUAAAUACUAGCCUAAUACAUUAGUUUAUUCUAGAC